UUCCUUAAUUUAUACGUCCAAUUAGAUAAUAAACUGGAGCAAUCGUUAAGAUAGAACAAAAACAGAAUAAAAAUUUUAAAAAACUUGUAAUUUUGUAUGUUUAAUAUAUAUUAUAAUGUUUCGAGAUUUCGAGGAUGAAUUUGAAUAUACUAAUGACGGACUACCACGGCGUACAACCAAAAUAGAUCAUCGUGUAAAAAUUCAAUUUGAAAAUAAUGGAAAUAAUAUAAAACCAAUAACAUUUCCUGAAUUGUUAAAAAACACGGCACAAACAUUUAGCCAACGUCCAGCAUUAGCAUUUGAAAAUGCGGAAAAAAAAUGGCAAACAAUAAAUUACUAUGAAUAUGAGAAAAAGAUUGAUAAAAUUGCGAAAAUUUUUAUUAAAUUGGGAUUUAAAGAACGUGAUUCGAUUGGUAUAUUAGCAUUUAAUUGUCCAGAAUGGUUUUAUUCAGCAAUUGGUGCAGUUUAUGCUGGUGGUAUUAUAACUGGAAUUUAUACAACAAGUAGUCCUGAUGCUGUACAGCAUAUUUUAGAAGUAGCUGGUUCAACAAUUUGUGUUGUUGAUAAUAAAAUACAAAUGGAUAAAAUUCGUGUAAUUAAAGAAAAUUUACCAAAAUUAAAAACUAUAAUACAAAUUAAUGGACCAUUUGAUUCAUUUGUAAGUGUUGAAGAUGGUUAUUAUAAAUGGAGUGAUAUUGAACAAAUUCAAAUCGACAAUGAUAUUGAAAUUGAAUUAGAAAAACGUUUAAAUGCAUUAGUACCGAAUGAAUGUUUCUCAUUAAUUUUUACAUCAGGUACAACGGAUAAACCAAAAGGUGUUAUGAUAUCACAUGAUAAUAUUAUAUUUGGUAUUAAAGGAAUUUUUAAUAGAUUUGAAUCAAUUAGUGUUGGUAAUGAAGUUUUUGUCUCAUAUUUACCAUUAAAUCAUUUGGCUGCCCAAAUUUUCGAAUUAUAUUUAUCACCACUUUUGGCGGCUUGUGUUUAUUUUGCUGAUCGUGAUGCCUUAAAAAGUACUCUUGUUAAAACUUUAAUUAAAGCACGUCCAACACGAUUUUUGAGUGUACCAAGAGUAUGGGAAAAAAUCCAUGAAAAAAUGAUUAAAGCCGAAUCAAAUUUAAAUUACUUAAGUUAUUUAAUGUUGAAUAGUGCCAAGAAAUUUGUGUAUAAUUAUCAUGUUGCUAGAAUGAAUCGCAAACGUGGUAAUGUUGUAACUUAUAAAAUUGGACAGCAAAUUAUAAAUAAAGUUAAAUCUGGCCUUGGUUUUGAUAGAUGUCGUGCAUUCGUAACAAUAUCAGCACCAAUGAAUGUAGAAACAAAACGUUAUUUUUGCAGCAUUGAUGUUUUAAUAUAUGAUGCAUAUGGACUUUCAGAAACUGGGCCAAACACAUUGAAUGAUUCAACUAUCAGGAAUUUUGAUACUGUCGGUAAUCCUUUGAGUGGCAAUGAAAUUAAAAUUUAUAAUCCAGAUGAAAAUGGUAUUGGAGAGAUAUUACUUAAAAGUCGCUCUGUUUUAAUGGGAUAUCUAAAUGAUCCGGAAAAAACUGCUCAAUCUUUUGUUGACGAUUGGUUUAAAACUGGUGAUUUAGGUCGACUUGAUAAUAAUAAUGAUUUAUAUAUUGUUGGACGUGUUAAAGAACUUAUAAUAACAUCGGGUGGUGAAAAUAUUCCAUUUGUUUUUAUUGAACAAUCUAUUAAAAAACAAUUAUCCGGUAUUAGUAAUGCUCUUUUAAUCGGUGAUAAAAGAAAAUAUUUAAGUAUUUUAUUAACAAUAAAGACUAAAAUGGAUCCAGAAAAUGGUGGCCCAUUAGAUGAAUUAGAACAGGAAUCGUUACAGUGGAUGAAAACAUUAAAUUUAAAAUAUACGAAAUUAUCAGAAAUUUUAAAAUCUGGACCAUGUCCUAUAGUUCUAAAAUCAAUUCAAAAUGGAAUCGAUCGUUAUAAUAAAAAUGCAAUAUCAAAUGUUCAUACAAUAAAAAAAUUUGCUUUACUUCCAAAUGAUUUUUCAAUAGCCACGGGUGAAUUUGGACCAACAUUUAAAUUGAAAAAAAGUGGAGUAAUGGAAAAAUACAAAGAUAUUAUUGACAAGUUAUAUGAAUAAAUUUCAUCAAAGUUGAAUAACAAAUUUAAUAUCUUUUAUUAUGCAAUUUAACAAAAACUAGUAAAGGAGAACUGAAAUUCGGAAUGGAAUUUAAAACAAAUACUAACUUAAGAUAUUUAACUUGUUUAAUUUUCUCAAUACAAUAAACAAAAAUGUUAAAUCCCUGUGCAAAUGGUAAAUGUUAUUUCUGGAGAUUUGCGCUGUGAUUAAAGAUUAAAACAGAACAUUAUAGUCUAUUAGCUUAUAUGGAAUAUUAAAAUAAUUUAAAACUAUAAAAAAUUACGAUUAUUUGUAUAAUAAGUGCGGCCAUCAAAAUUUUUUUCAUCAAAAAUUUUUAAGUAACAAAAAUAUUUUAAUAUGUUAGAUAAAUUGAUUAAUA